AUGAGUGAUCGUAAUUCAAUGGAUAUAUAUAGUUUCUUAAGAACAGGUGUAGCAGUAAAUCUGCUGGACCAAUCCUUGCAAAAUCGGAGAAAUCCUCCAACAAGUGAUCAGGAUAAUCAAGUUGCUUACGUGGAGGAGACUGUGGAGGAUGUUACGUUGAGGUAUCUUAAAACAAGAACUCCUCACGUUGAUGAUCCAAUAGACGGAGAAGAUAAUCCAAUAAAAAUGGAAGAGAUCUGUGUCAUAUGUCAUGACAAAUUUGAGCAUGAAGAAAACAUUGGGACACUCGGGUGCGGGCAUGAAUAUCAUGCGAGAUGCAUCAAACAAUGGCUAGUGAUAAAAAAAGAUUGUCCUAUAUGUAGAGCUUCAGUUUUGCCGUUCAGAUCAACAAAAGCUAUACAAAUGCGUAGACACUAG